UUCAGUUUUCAUUGUUAAGAAUGUUGACUUAACAGAGUAUAAAAUAGGAAUCUAUGUGCACGAUAGCAGCAUAUUUAAAGUCCUGCUUCCUUUUCUCCUGCUGCUUACAUUCAAUGAACCAAUUAUUCAACUGAAUACUUACAGUAAAAUAUCAGGACACUUAAAAUAAAUGCUAGACUUCAUGCUGCUAUAAUGACUGAAGACUAUUCUGAAAACAAUGAAGGAAGUCCAGCCAUCCUUACUAUAGCAGGAGAAGAUGGAAAUCUGGUUCACGGGAUUCCAGCCCAGAUUCCCAGCUCACAUACAAGCACCAAAAGUGGUCUUUCUGUACCUGUGGAUGAAGGAAAAUUUCUGGAAAAACCACCCCUAUCUUACAUAGCCUUAAUUGCAAAGGCAAUUCUUUCUUCCCCUGCAAAUAAACUGAAUUUAGCUGCUAUCUACAAAUAUAUUGAAGACAAUUUUCCUUUCUACCGGAACAAAGGUCGAGGCUGGAGAAACAGUGUGCGGCACAACCUUUCACUAAAUGACUGUUUCAUCAAGGUGGGAAGAUGUGAGGAUGGCAAGGGGAACUACUGGAGUAUCCACCCAUCAAACUUAAAUGACUUUGUUCAGGGGGACUUCAGGCAACACCGACGGGCACGAAAGCGAGGACGUCAGAAGGAGUUAGAGAGUUCCCUUGCUAUGAAUUAUUUCAUGCCAUGGGGACACUAUCUCUCCUACCCAGCACCAGGUGUAUUUUACCAAACACAUUAUUUUCAAGAUCCUCUGUGGAAAAUGCUCCAUGCUGACAGACUGCAGUUUAUGCAUGAAUACCAAAAGUGGAAUGCAAACAGCGAUUUAAUCACAGGGAAGUUUUUACCUCUGCUACAGCCUAAUAAACCACAGAGAAUUUCUAUGGACUGGUUUUACAGAUUUCCUGCUACUUCAGCUAUGCAUCAGAAUAUUUUCCUAAAUAUUCAGCAGACAUUGCCUAAUUCCUUGUUUUUCUCUCCUCAGAAGCAGCAAUGAAGUUAAGCAUUCAGACAUAUCUGUAAGUACUAGAUAGUACUUGAAGUGCAGUGGCUUCACAGGCAUCUCUGCUUGGGACCCUAUCAACAUACAAUAUAUUAGUAUAUAUUUUACAAUUUUUAAUGUUUAUGUUGUGUUUAAAGACAGCAAAAGAACUCUCUUACUCAUGUAAGCCAGUGAUUGCCAAUGAUUGUUACUAAGAGUAUUAGUUUUUAACUGACUACAAUGAAUUUUUUAAAAAAUAAUUCUACUGAACAAUAGCAGUGCAUUGAUUAUGAAAUAUGACUGGAUUUCACUGGGCAGUCUGCUCUAGGUGACCCUGCUUGAGCAGGGGGGUUGGAUCAGAUGGCCUCCAGAGGUCUCUUCCAGCCUUAACCAUUCUGUGAUUCUGUGAUUCUCUAUUAGCACUGAUUGCCCAAUAAAAUUAUUUUAAAAUUAUCCCUUAUUAAUCAUUGCCAUUGUAAUACACUACAGCACAAUUUUUAAAUUAAUAUGUAUAUUUGUGAAUGCAUAACUAUAUGCUCAAACAUGUACACCCAUUUAUACAAUUAUAUUUAUAUUAUGUAGAUUGCUCUGAAGGUAAUGCCUCCUAUUUUUUUCUAUGGAAAUCACAACAUAU